AUGGAAGAUAGGCUGUGGGGCCUUCUUGAAGAGAAGGGCUGCAGUGCUGUGGGUUUGCUUCGCAUGCAUUUUCAGACUCCUUGGCACCUGGCAUGCGCAGUGGAUAGUGUUGAAGACGCGGUGCGAUUGGCAGAGCAGAUCACUCCGGGUUCGAUUCCUUCGGACCACAAACGGUUGGGAUCUCAGAUCUGGGAGUGGAUGACUGCUCACACAGGUCUUUUCAAGCGGGUGCAAAGCAGGCUUACUGCGAAGGCCACACGAAUUGAAGCGACCCCUGGAAGUUCGGUGUCCCCUUGUGAUAUCUUUGAUCAGUGCGUGAGCAAUAGUCUUGAUCUUUGCAAGCAGACCAGUCGUGCACAUGCUAGAUGGAUUUCGAAUGGCGCCCUGACCCCGGCGGAUGCAGAAAAAUCUUCUAAGAAGUUUUGGGGAACUGUCCUGGUUCAGAUCAUGGUGGAGGCAAAGCUUCCUAUCGUUGACAUUCCGGUUGAGAAUGAGGAGCAGCGUGUUUCUUAUGCUCUCCGAGCUCUGGGGGCUCGGAGGUCCAAGACACUCAGGAAUCGCGCGAGGACCUGGCGCAAGGCUCGUGACUGGAUGCUUUCAGUGAAAGGUUACCCUUUCCCGAAGAGCCCUUCUGACGUUGUAGAUUACCUCAUCUUCUUGGAGCAGGAGGUGGGUACAAAGAGCUGCAUUUCUGAGCUUAUGAGCGCGUUGUCUGUCAUUGAGGAUGCUGGACAGGUUCCUUUGACAAAUCAGCUGUGCAAGAACCGAUUGGUCGUCGCGGCCUCAAAGAGCACCGGGGCUGAAGUGCAGGAGGGGAAAACCAGCAGGAAGCAGGACGUGAUUGGCUGGGCAUUGGAUUUGAUUUGUGGAAAGGCCUGGGACAGCUUGAUCGCACUUCUUUGGUUUUCCAGUCUUCUGAAGAUUUUGAAGAGAAGCUUGGUGAAGGUGUUUGGCGAUCCAGGGCUGAUGGUAAGCUACUGGGUGAUGAGUGCUAUCUUUUCUGGACAGGUCACAGUAUGA